UGAGGCCCCAAGGCGGGUCCCCAAGGCGGCUCCACCCACUGCGCGGGCGGAGCCGUCUCACCUUGGACUCGGCUCGGAGAUAAACUCCUGAACCUCCCCCAGCCGCGAGUCAGCGACGCGGUGCCCGUGGCAGACCCCUGCUGCUCGGCCGAUUGCUAAGGCUGCGUGUCUCGGGUCUCAGCCACAACAUGGCUUCCAACCUGAAGUCAGCCAAGAAAUUGAUGGUUUUCUUAGGAAAAUCAAUGAUUGCUUUUCUGGAGACGAUGAUUUUCAUCAUCAUCCCCAGACCACGGAAGAACGUUGCUGGUGAAAUCGUGCUCAUCACUGGCUCCGGGAGCGGACUGGGAAGGUUCUUGGCCCUCAAAUUUGCCCACCUUGGAUCCGUGCUGGUUCUCUGGGAUAUCAACGAGGAGGGGAACGAGGACACAUGCAGGAUGGUGCGGGAAGCUGGGGCCCCAAGAGUUUAUGCCUACACUUGUGACUGCAGCCAAAAGGAAAACGUAUACAGAGUGGCCGAGCAGGUUAAAAAAGAAGUUGGCGAUGUGUCCAUCCUAAUCAACAAUGCCGGAAUUGUGACAGGCAAAAGUUUCCUCGACUGCCCAGAUGAGCUGAUGGAAAAGGCUUUCGAUGUGAAUUUCAAAGCACAUUUAUGGACUUAUAAAUCCUUUCUACCUGCUAUGAUCGCUAAUGAGCAUGGACAUUUGGUUUGCAUUUCAAGUUUAGCUGGAUUAACUGGAGUAAAUAAACUGGCAGAUUACUGUGCAAGUAAAUUUGCAGCCUUCGGAUUUGCUGAAUCUAUAUUGAUAGAAACAAUGGCCCAGAAACUAAAGGGGAUAAAAACCACUAUUGUGUGCCCAUUUUUUAUGAAAACUGGAAUGUUUGAAGGUUGUUCUACUGUCCAUCCUUUUCUGUUACCAGUUCUGGAACCAGAGUAUGUAGCUGACAAGAUAGUAGAUGCCAUCCUGGAAGAGAAAAUAUACUUAAAUUUGCCAAGGUUUUUGUCCUUCUUGAUGUUUUUAAAAAGUAUCUUGCCUGUCAAGGUGUCAGUUCUUCUGGCUGACUAUCUGGGCGCCCUGAAUGUAAUGGAUGGCUUUGUUGGCAAGAACAAGAAAAACUAAAGACCAACUCAAUGGCUGAUACCAUCUGAUACCCAGCAUUCCAUAAUCCUGAUUUCAAUGAAGAAAAGCAUUUUUGUCCAACAAUGUAUCUGGAAACUACAAGUACCAUUCUUUUUCUGCUCCCUGGACUACUAUUUUCAACCAAUGCCUUUGAAAAUAAUGUUCCUACCUGCUUUUUGGUUGGGUUUUUUUUUUUAAUUAAAAAAAAUUGCCCGUU